GAAACCUCCACCAAACUUCCUGCUAAACGUUGCUUUGCAAUCACCAAAAUAAAAAUCCCCUGAAGAAGAAGAAGAACAACUUCCUGCUGUCUGGCUCCCAACUUUGCUCCGCUCUCAUCCUGCUUUCUGGAGGUCAAACGCAAAAGUAGAGGGCCAGGAUGACAACUCUGUUUUGCAGACUGGCAGCGCAGAGUUGCCGGAUGAAUCUGCGCGAAUCGCACCGCCGAACCGCCCACGUGACCAUUCGGGACGGAGCGCGACUUGUUGGCCGAGGCGGCCGCUUUCUGACGGCGCACACUGCCGCUAACAGCCGCAGCCAGAGCACACAGGCGGCUGAUCGCGCAGAGGUGGACCUGAAGCGGUUAGAGGGGGAAGACGAGGGCAUCGUUGAAGUUAUGAUGUGCCGACAUAAAGCAAGAAAUGCUCUCGGCCAUGUGUUUGUGUCACAGAUGAAGGAGCUGGUGUCCACUCUGUCCAGAGACUCUGCAGUGCGAGUUGUUAUCUUCAGGAGUUUAGUACCAGGAGUUUUCUGUGCAGGUGCUGACCUAAAAGAGAGAGCUCUGAUGAACAACACUGAGUCUGAUCUGUUUGUUCACGGCCUGCGCUCCCUCAUGACUCAAAUAGCAUCGUUGCCCACGCCGACCAUCGCGGCGAUGGACGGCACUGCCCUCGGAGGUGGACUGGAGCUCGCCUUGGCCUGUGACCUCCGCACCGCUGCAUAUUCUGCACAGAUGGGUCUGAUUGAGACGACACGGGGGCUGCUCCCAGGGGCCGGGGGCAGUCAGCGGCUGCCGCGGAUGGUUGGCAUCACUCUGGCCAAGGAGCUCAUAUUCACAGGUAGGCGUUUGGGGGGGGAGACUGCUUUGGAGAUGGGGCUGGUAAACAGAGCUGUACAACAGAACCAGACAGGAGAUGCUGCCUACGGAGAGGCGCUCAGCCUGGCUAGAGAGAUACUGCCCCAGGCUCCUAUUGCUGUGCGGAUGGCAAAGGAGGCAAUGAAUAGAGGAAUUGAGGUUGACAUUAGUUCAGCAAUGGCAAUAGAGAGGAUGUGUUACGCUCGGGUCAUCCCCACGCGGGACAGACAGGAGGGCAUGGCAGCCUUCAUCGAGAAGAGACCUCCACGAUACACUGGAGAAUAAAUGUGUCGCACUCACAUGACUACAUGUAUGCUCUAUACACUCUGUAAACUCAUGCCAGACUCUUACCAUCUAUUGAUUUUCCCCAGUGUCCGUGCGUUAGUUUAGGUUGUUUGCUUUUGUGACAGUCAGCCAAUAAAGGUUAGAAUAUUUA